AUGGCGACGCCGGAGAUGAUAAAUGUUUAUAAUAAUAUUAAUAAGAAUAUUUCAGAGGAGGAUUUGAGAGUCGUGAGGGAAGAAGAAGGGAUACCGGAGCUGGAAGAUGAGAGAGAAUGUGCAGUUGAGAGAAAGAGGAGUGAUUUGGAGAAAGAGAAGGAAAAUGGAGUUGAAGUUGUGGAGAGUGAAGUGGGUGGUGGUGCUAAAAUGCACCGGGCUGAGGAAAGGCAAAACGAGGUUUUGAAUGUGAUCGACACGCCGGGGAGAGGGCGAGAGCUUUUGGAGGCUUUGAAAGACAUUGAAGAUCAUUUUAUGGUAGCUUAUGAUGCUGGAAAGGAAGUUUUCAGAAUGUUGGAGUGUAAUAGGGUGCAUUUGCAGUCUAAUAUGGAGGAAAUUAAAGGUUGA